AGCAUUGUAAUUACGGGGAAAGAUUGAAAGAAAUGCUACGUGAUAGGCUGGUGUGCGGUAUAUCGGAUGAUCGUAUGCAGCGGAGGUUACUGGCGGAGCCCGAGCUGACGUUCCAAAAAGCAUUGAAAAUCGCACAAGCUAUUGAAACGGCUAAUAAGGAUGUGCGUGACCUGCAGGGACAAACGACAAUGCUGGACAGCCCAAUGUCGAAGACCGUAUCGCAACUUGCAGUGCAUAAAGUGAGUUCAAGACACUAUGGGCGUAGCAAAACGGUAGGGGGAACGUGUUACAGAUGUGGUGUUGAACACAUGGCACGGGACUGUCGUUUCAUAUCGGUGUCGUGCCAUAGUUGCGGGAAAAAGGGGCAUGUAAAAAAAAAUGUGCAGGUCUGCUCCUCCGGGAGCACAGUUACAGCUUCAAGAGGGAGGGAAGCAGAAGCAGUAUCAAAAAGAUAAAAAGCUUUCGGCACAUCAUAUAAAUGAAGUCCCGGAGAAGCACUCUAGUGAUGAAGAAGUGUUUGCAAUGUAUAGGGUAAAGGUGGCAAAAAUGCCACGAGUGGACCCCAUUACCACACAACUAAAUAUAAAUGGCAGCAUGGUGGAUUUUGAGGUGGAUACCGGCUGCAGUGUGACAAUUUUGACAAAGACAGCAUAUACCAAGCUACGGGUAGCAGGGAGCGCUCAAGAGCUGCACGACUGCCCAUGGACUUUGAAAACAUACACAGGAGAACAACUAGCAACAGUGGGGGCUGCGGACGUCACAGUUACAUACCAAGACAAAGUCAAGCAGCUACCAGUAGUAGUGGUAGCAGGCACAGGGCCAAACCUGUUAGGCAGAGGGUGGCUCAAGCAGUUGGAGCUACACAAUGUUAUUGCCAUUAACAAGGUGCAGUCAGACCUGACGUUGCAGGAUGUUUUGAAACAACAUGAAGGGGUUUUCAAAGAGGAAUUGGGAACUUGGAAGGGCCCACCAGCUAAAAUAUAUGUAAAUGAAGGAGUUGCCCCAAAGUUUUAUAAACCGAGACCAGUUCCAUUUGCAAUGAGAAAGAAAGUGGAGGUGGAGUUGGAAAGACUCACGAAGCAGGGCAUAAUUGAACCUAUUAAGUUUUCUGAUUGGGCAACACCUAUUGUGCCCAUUCUGAAGCCGGACCAUUCCGUACGUAUCUGUGGGGAUUACAAACUCACUGUAAAUUUAGUCUCCAAGUUGGAGCAAUAUCCAAUUCCAAAGCUGGAAGACUUAUUUGAAAAAUUAGCAGGGGGACAAAAGUUUAGCAAACUGGACUUAAGUCACGCAUAUCAGCAAGUGACCUUGGAUGAAGCGUCCAAGCAGUAUGUCACGUUAAACACAUUGAAAGGGUUGUUCAAAGUAAAUCGUCUUCCUUUCGGUGUUUCUUCUAGUCCUGCCAUUUUUCAGCGUUUGAUGGAGAGUCUGGUGGCAGGGAUGACAAACGUGGCGGUUUACCUGGAUGACAUCCUGGUGACAGGACGGAGCGAUCAGGAGCACCUGGCAACUCUGAAGGAGGUCCUGACACGACUACAGGAAGGGGGUCUGCGGCUGAAGCGCAGCAAAUGUGCUUUUAUGGAGCCUGAAGUGGAGUUUUUAGGACAUAGAGUGGAUGCCUCAGGGCUUCAUCCACUGCCACACAAGGUGGAGGCAAUACAGAAGGCACCGGCACCCGCUAAUGUUACAGAGCUGAGGGCAUACCUGGGAUUACUGAACUAUUAUAACAGGUUCCUGCCAUGCCUAUCAUCAUUAUUAGCCCCCUUGCACAAACUGUUAAGAAAAGAUGCUUGGUGGACAUGGGAACGCGAGCAGGAAAUGGCUUUUGAGGAGUCUAAACAACUCUUGCAUUCCUCCAAAGUAUUGGUGCAUUACGACAGCCAGAAGGAUUUAAUCUUGUCCUGUGAUGCUUCACCAUACGGUGUUGGUGCGGUGUUGUCACAUCGCAUGCCGGACGGGCAAGAGAGACCUAUAAGUUUCAUGUCUCGUACUCUGACACCUGCUGAGAGCAACUACUCACAACUGGACAAAGAGGGUUUGGCUGUGAUGUUUGGGAUACAACGCUUCCAUAAAUAUUUGUAUGGAAGACGGUUUGUUAUUUGCACCGAUCACAAACCUCUCUUGUCUCUCUUCAGUGCGCUGAAGGCAGUGCCUCACAUGGCAUCUCCACGGAUUCAGCGAUGGGCGUUAACACUCCGAGCCUAUGAAUAUGAGAUCCGGUACAAGCCAGGCGAAGUAAGAAGUUGGACUGGUAAAGACCCUGUGUUGUCUCGGGUUAGACAGUUUGUCCAACAUGGUUGGCCACAACACGUGGACCCAGCGUUUCAGCCUUACACGGUAAGAAAUACUGAGUUAAGUGUGCAGGAUGGGUGUGUAUUGUGGGGAUCGCGUGUAAUUGUUCCUCAGCCGGGGCACAAGGCAUUGCUACAGCAAUUGCAUUACGGGCACACAGGCAUUUCUAGGAUGAAAGCCUUAGCGCAGAGCUACUUUUGGUGGCCAAAGUUAGACUCUGACAUUGAGGCGCUAGGGAAAGGAUGCCCUACAUGCCAAGAACAUCGGAAUGUACCAGCACCAGCUCCAGUGGCCGAGUAAACCUUGGCAAAGACUGCACAUGGACUAUGCGGGACCAUUUAUGGGACACAUGUUUUUGAUCCUGAUCGAUGCCUAUUCUAAAUGGAUGGAUGUUUAUCCAGUAAAGUCGGCCACGUCAGCUACCACUAUUGAUUUUUUGCAGCCAUGGGUUACCUGAGAUGUUGGUUUCAGACAAUGGCUCAUGUUUUGUCAGUGCGGAGUUCAAGGAGUUCACGCAAAAAAACAGUAUUAG